AUGUGGCCGAACAGCCUUGGAGGUACUUCCGGCUGCAGCGGGGGCGCCGGCGCCGCCGAUCUCGGGGGCCUCGCCGCCUCCACCACCUCGGCCUCCGAGCUCUUUGGGCCCGGGGCGUUCGGCGCGUCCGCCGCGGGACCCUAUGGCGCCCUCAAGACAGCGCCCUACAUGGGCCUCAGCAUGCCGAUCGACGCGCUGCACUCAACUAUCGGUUAUCCCGGUUGUACACCCGCCGGCAAUCCAAGAAAGCAAAGGCGGGAGAGGACGACAUUCACGCGAUCGCAGUUGGAUAUACUGGAGGGGCUCUUUUCAAGAACAAAAUACCCAGACAUCUUUAUGCGCGAGGAAGUGGCUAUGAAAAUCAAUUUACCGGAAUCGAGAGUGCAGGUAUGGUUCAAAAAUCGGAGAGCCAAGUGCCGGCAGCAGCAGAAGCAGCAACAACAACAGCAAGACAAGGCGCCGAGAUCGAAAAAGCCCUCGGGGAGCCCGGCUAACAAUCCACCCCCCGGAAAGAGUCCUUCAAUUACCACCCCGCCUACGCCCGCCGCCGCUGUACCUGCUACUACGCCCUUGAGCGGAGGCACGGGCGGCUCGGCGGCAAGUUCGCCGGCGCUUUUAAGGGACUCGCCGCAAUAUAAGCCUGCGGGAAACGCUAGUUUGCUGUUAGCAGCUAGCACGACUCCACCGAGCUUAGGUGGCCCAGUGUACAGCAGCGGUGGCGGUAGCAGUAGCAUCUGGAGUCCGGCGGUAACGGAAAGCGGCGGAGCAUUUCCGGGGGAUCAUCAAAGAUUAACGUGGACGACAACCCCUUCCCAGCAGCAAUGCUAUCAAAAUUAUUCCUACUAUACCAAUAUGGAUUACCUCUCGCCCGCCUCGCAUCAGUUAAACGUGGAUAAUGGAGGUAGCGGCCUUGAUAAUUCAUGGAGCAAAACGAGAGACGAAGGUACUUCAUCUUGGUUUUACAAUAGCGCCGGAUGGGGCGAUCGUAAGUGAACCUACAAGUAUCGAAGAACGAAGCCUGAGUACAUAUCAUCGACAAUAGUGAAGUUAUACGGCUUGAAUCGAAAUUUAUUGUAACGCGAUGCCAAAUAAAACGAGGAGGUUCUACUUCUGAUAAAAAUGUCGAUACAGACUAAACAUAUCUUUAAUAACUCGGCCAGCAUUCGAACGCAGUGGAAUGUGCAGGCCGAUCGAGAGUGCCAUACGUAUCUUUCUGCAUUUAUUGCUAGAGUAUAGUUUAAAUAUACAGGAUGUCCUAUACACGCGUCCAAUUCUAUUAUCUGGCAAGACUAUUUUCUUUCUAUGAUUUCUAUUAAAAUCUUCAAUAAAUUUUCUACAAAAUAUUAUAUCAUUUCUCAGCAAGCAUUAUUUGCUUCCAUAUCGUCGCGGUUAAAAGAAUUCAUGUCUGUAAGAGAUAUUUUAUAUUUUACAUAAAAAUUUUAACUAUCAAAUACAUCCAGAAUAAAGUACUUUGCGGACUAUCUUAUAAUAUCACUUUCAAUAAUUUUAAUUUUUAUAUUUUUAUACACAGAAUGACAAAACGAAUCAAUUUAUGUUGAAAAACUUAUUUCCAUCUCUAAAAGUCUUUAUAUGUUAGCUUAAGCAUUAGAUUUGUUUUAUUCUAACAUGCAUUGCAUUUUAGAAACAUUUAUAGAUAAUAAAGUUUCGAUAGGACAUCCUGUAAUCUAACUAUUUUUCUGUUAUCGACGAUCAUGUAUAAUAUUCUUUGAGAUACUUGGAACCGCGCGAGCUUUGUGAAAUGUGUUGCGACGUAAGUAGUUUUAACUACUACAUACUCUGUUUUAUUUCUUAUCUGUCUCGAAACUCGCGUCAAAUUAUAUUAAAUAUCAUUAUUUAAUAUUAGAAGUACACAAAGAUCUCAAAUCGAUGGAGAUAGUGGUAUUUUAAAAAGACGUUUCGUAUUUUGAUAGUUGUUUCAAAAUUUUUUGAUAGUGCAAAAUUAAUUAAUAUCAACUAGUCACGUUAAUGAAAAAAUGAAGAUUGACAAAAUUAACGCAAUUAAGUAGCCAUAAAACUAUCCCUUUUCUUUGUAUAAAUCAUUACUUUAUUUGUUAUAACCGGUCCUAUAAUGAUGUUAAUAAAUCAUUCGAGCAAUGAUUUUCAUAGUCCAUGUAAAUCUUCUAUUGCCGCGAAUGACGACUUUUUAACAGUAUACUAUAAUCGUUUCAUGUGAUCUCCGGGACAAAUAACUAUAUUGUGUACAUAAUAUAAAUACUUUUAUGAUAUUCAAGGGAAUUAUCUUAGAGUCACACACAUUACAAAAAAAUAAUAGAAUUCAUUGGAAAAAAAAUUUAGUUCUUAAUAUAAAAGAAAAUUUUCAAGAAGAGGUAUAUACGACAUAUGUACCGUGUACAUAAAUUAUAUAUAAAAGCAUAUAUAUAGUGCAAGUUUCUCUAUGUACAUAUGUAUCAUUCUUUCGUGUAGAAAUACACUACCUGAAUAUCGAAAUGAACUCGCGUUACGACAUCGAAGUUGUUGAUCGUCUUCUUUUUAGAGACUUAUUUCGUAUGCAAAAUAAAAUAUUUUACCUUUUAUAAAUUUAAUAAAUAGCACACACCGUCCCGCCGUCAGAAAAUUCGCAAUUGGAUUGUCUCUCACACUGUUAAAUUUGUAGUCUUAAAUUUAACUCAAUAAGUAGUCGCCACUGCUCCUACUCAAUAUGUUGUUAUUGUUAACUAUCAUGUGUGGUAAAAUUUAUUCAUUUAACAUAUCUUGUCAUUAAAGAAGAACUACGUAUUUUAUUCAACUCAUUUUCAAGUUUAUAUUAUCUCCAUUGUUUCAUUAAAUCAAACGACAUAUUGAGUAAGAGCAGUGGCGACCACUUAUUGACUUAAAGUUACAAAUUUAACAGUGCAUACGAUAUUAUCUUUGUAUACAAAAAGGGCAAGAAUGUAAAAAAAGUUUAAAGUGAUACUCAUCGUUAAUUCCCCGAUUAUCAAGGCAGAUUUUCUCGCGAAAACUUGUUAACAAAAUCUCAUUCUACAUGCUUGAAUUUAUUUUGCGCCUGGCUUUGCACCACGAAUCCCGCCAUAUCUUAGAUUUGAUACCUCCGAACAAUCGGUAUUGUAACAAGCGAUGGCUUUCAAAUUAUUGUUCCAUUGAAAAAAUAUAUAUAUGAUUCCGUAUUAUAAUCACCCUUCCUUUUUAACACGUGAUAUACAAUAAUUUACGAGGGAUUUCUGUGACACCUUAUAUACCGUUCGAACUAUUGGACCAAUCGGUUAAAUUUUUCUGAACCCUGUAUAGACCCUGUCUAUUAUCCACGUGUGAAAAAUAUUUCAAAUUCAACCGAACGAUAUGCGUAUCACUUUUGGCAAAACUUCUAUUGUCACUGGAUAUUGUCAGCAUUUUGGAAAAAGAGAUCCUCGACAAUAUAGUUUCAUGAAAAAAAAAAUUUAAACCGAAUGCCGAUUGUUCUCUACGCAGACGUGUGGUGAACAUUGAUCGAUUAUAGGAUAGAAAAAAUAAAGAUCCAUAUGUAAAAUAAAAAAUAUGGUUUAAGAAAUCUAUAGAAAUAAGUAUGUGACUGUUUAGAUUGUUAUUAUAAAUAUUAUCAAUACUUAUAAAAUGAUCGACGCAGAAAACAACGACGUACAUGUCUCAAGAUGUAUGAAGAUAAUAUAACAAAUUUGAAUUAUA